AUGCAGUGGGCGAGAUCAAUCACUUCCUCGAACAAAGCUUUGAUCACUCAUCACUUGAGGAGCCAAAGAUUGGAUCAAGCUCGCGCUAUUUUCGACCGAAUGCCGGCUCCGGAUGUGCAGUUAUCCACGAUGAUGGUGACCGGAUACACGAGAAAUGGAAGGAUUGACGAUGCGUUGACGCUGUUCGAUAAAAUGACAACCAGAGACGUGAUUUCCUGGAACUCCAUGUUGCAAGGGUGUCUGGAUUGUGGAGAUUUGGGUACUGCAAGAAGGCUGUUCGAUGAAAUGCCUGAAAGAAACGUGGUCUCUUGGACCACUAUGGUGAAUGGGUAUAUGAAGUCUGGGAGAGUGGAAGAGGCCGAGGGAUUGUUUAGGGAUAUGCCGGGAAAGGAUGUUGCUGCGUGGAAUGCAAUGAUUCAUGGUUAUUGCGGCAAUGGGAGACUCCAGGAUGGCCUCAGGUUGUUUGAGUGUAUGCCUCGCAGGAAUGUGGUUUCCUGGACUUCUUUGAUUGGCGGGCUUGAUCAGAACGGGAAGAGUGAAGAUGCAUUGCUUCUUUUCAGGAAGAUGGUAGGUUCGGGAGUUGAACCCACUUCCACCACAUUUGCUUCGGCACUCACAGCUUGUGCAAAUGCUACAGAUCAUAAUCUUGGGAUUCAAGUCCAUGGUCGUCUCUUUAAUUUAGGUUAUUAUCAGUUUGAUGAAUAUAUCGCAGCUUCACUUCUGACACUUUAUGGCAACUGCAGGAGAAUAGAAGAGCUUAAUCGGGUUUUCUCCGAGUUAAACCUGCACAGAAACGUGGUAAUAUAUACAGCUCUUUUAACAGGAUACUCUUUCAACUCCAAACACGAGGAUGCAUUAAUGGUUUUCAUCAAGAUGAUUAGGGAAGGGGUUUUCCCAAACCAAUCUACAUUCACUAGUGUUUUGAACUCAUGCCGUGGGCUCGAAGCAGUGGACAAAGGUAGAGAAGUCCAUACAGUAGCCAUAAAGCUCGAUCUUGAAACCGAUGUCUCUGUUGGCAAUUCCCUCUUGGUUAUGUACACUGAAUGUGGGAACGUACAUGACUCUGUUGCAGUAUUCAAGCGGAUUGAGGGGAAAAAUACUGUCUCCUGGAACUCGAUAAUUGUUGGAAGUGCACAACAUGGAUGUGGGAUUUGGGCCCUGAUCUUCUUCAAUCAAAUGCUUCGUACGGGAUUUGAGCCUGACGAGUUCACAUUCACUGGAUUGCUUUCCGCUUGCAGCCGUUCUGGGAUGCUGCAGAAAGGUAGACGCUUUUUCGAGUACAUCACUCGAUACAAGUCCGCAUCAGUAGAUCUUCAACACUACACAUGUAUGGUGGAUAUCUUAGGCAGAUCUGGGAAACUGCAUGAAGCAGAAGAGUUGGUGAAAAAUAUGCCCAUGAAACCCAACUCGAUGGUCUGGCUAGCUUUGCUUAGUGCUUGCAGGGUUCAUUCCAACGUCGAUGCAGCAGAGCGAGCUGCGAAGAGCAUCUUCAGUCUGGACCCACAUUGUAGCGCUGCCUAUGUUUUGUUAUCGAAUCUGUAUGCCUCUGCUGGUAGAUGGGCCGAUGUCUCUCGAACCAGGGUUCGAAUGAGACAUGGUGGAGUUGUCAAAGAAAGAGGAUCCAGUUGGGUUGUUAUGAAGGGAAAGAAACACGAGUUUGUCUCAGGAGACAGGGGGCACCCUUUGAUUGAAAGGAUAUAUGAGAAGCUGAGAUGGCUGAGAGAGAAACUCAAGGAAGUUGGGUACGUGGCUGAUCAAAGGUUUGCGCUGCAUGAUGUCGAGGAUGAGCAGAAGGAAGAAAUGCUGUGGUGUCACAGUGAGAGGCUGGCUAUUGGAUUUGCUUUGAUUAGUAGUGUGGAGGGAAGUGGGAUCACGGUGAUGAAGAACUUGAGAGUGUGUGGGGAUUGCCAUGAAGUUAUUAAGCUUAUAUCGGGAGUUGUUGGGCGGGAGAUUGUUGUCAGGGAUUCUGGUCGGUUUCACCACUUUAAGAACGGUGUUUGCUCUUGUUCAGAUUAUUGGUAG